GCAUUCAGUUGCUGUUCUGCGUCGCCGGCCGAUCGAUCCACACAAGAGACGAGCACCGAUCGACGGGCGCGGCUAGCGUUUCGGCUGGCGUUUUUCACGCAAAAAUGUCGUCCGGACUUGUGCAAAUGUUGGACUUGUGCCGGUUGUGUCUCGUGAAAGAUCGUGUGGGCGUGCCGAUAUUCGAGGAUGAAGGGGACGUCCGACAAGUUUUCCUCAAGAUCGCCGCCUGUCUGCCCGUCAAGGUGUCUAGAGAAGACAAAUUACCUAAGAAAAUAUGUGACGACUGUAUGUAUAAACUAGAAUUAUUUUAUCAAUUUUGGAAUACGACGGCGAACGCCGAGAAGCAGCUUUUACAAUGGCUCGGCGAAGUAGAAAUGGAGGACAAACAGGGUUACGUAACGGGAGUUCUCAACCCGAGCGUAAUGAAGCAGGAGCAGCAUCAACAGCAACAGGCUAGUGAAAAUAGUAGGUUAGAUGGUGGGAGCGUGAUGCAGCAGCAGCAGCAAGUAGUGGCAUCGCAUCAACAACAAAGUAUGGGGGGCAUGGGAAUGAUUGAGAAUAUGGCUGGUCUCGGUAUGCCUAUCAUAAUCUCGACAGCCAAUCAGCAGCAGCAGCAACAACAACAAAUAACCUCAGUAGUAGUUCCUAUGGACACGAGUGGUGGCGCUAGUUCUGUUGUACAAACGGUACAGGGUCUACCGGGACCGAGUACGCACAGUAGUCACGACCAAAUCACACAAAAUCAGGUAGCACCUAGUGUGCCUGGCGGCGGUGGCGGUGGACAACACCAUGAGGAGGACGAAGACUCGAGCGAGGACGAGGAGAACGAGUCGGACGAUGAGUGCGACGGCGACGACGGCCUACCUGUAAAAGAAGAGGGCGAAGAAGAUCCUAACAAUAGAACCGUAGAACCUACCACCUUUGUCAAUGUUUCGUUAGCGUGUGACGAAGCUGGCCCCUCAGGACUUCAACAACAGAAAAUCACGGAAAUGCCCGAAAUGACGAUGCCGCAGGUUGCCAGCGCCGACAACAAGACUGGGUUGCACAGAGUAAUGGAUGAUAAUCGAGGGAUAUUUUUCUUUGGGAAAGAAUCUGUAAUGAUGCGAAAGUGGCAGAUUUUGGAAUUUGAUGAUAAGCCAUAUUAUGCCUUCGUGCCUGAAAAUGAGACUCCUCUGGAAGAAGAUAUGAUACCCGAGUACCUAGAAAACCAAGAAACAAACGACUAUGGUAAAAAGAUUGCUAAAAUCGAAUACGAGGAAAUGUCUGAUAAUUACAACGAAGAGGAAUUUGAUUACAGUAAUGAGCAUGAGCCAUUAGAACGAGCGGAAUAUCUCGAAAUGGAGGACAUAAAGCCGAUAACCGGAAAUGAUUCCAACAAAGAAAACGAAGAAGGCGCUUCCUUUGACUAUCAGAUGAAACUAAGCAGCAUCGAAAAACUUGCUCAGAAUCCCUUAGACCAAAAUAAAUUUCCAGAAGAACCUGAAAUCGAAGCUGAGAAAGAUAUAGAAUAUCUUGACGAAGAGGAGCUUUCCGACUCAUUUUUAGAAGAUAAAUCUUCCAUCUCAAAGAUAAAUGAUUCGCCUAAAUUUCAGAAAACCAUGACCACCUCAACUGCCUUGAAGUGCAAGGCAUGUUCCGAAACUUUUGGGUCCAAUCUCGCUUUCAGGAAGCAUGUUGCUUGGGCCCACAAGAAGAAGGUCUGCAUUCAGGAAAACGGGGCUUACAUCUGCUCGGUCUGCGAUUAUCGGACACUGAAAAAGAGUUCCUUCGCAGCCCAUUUGGAAAGGAAGCACGAGACCUGGACUACAAAAAGACCCAGCAGCCUAUUUUUCCCCUGCGCUGCAUGCGGAUUCGUCUGCAGUUCCAAACACUCGCUUCAAUCCCAUUUUAUUCGAAAACACACCGACAAGUUUGAGCAUCAGUGCAAGUUCUGUGCAAAAAAGUUCAAGGUCAAGGGGGAUCUCACGAAUCAUGUGCGAUUCCAUCACAAGGAGAAGCCAAUCAGUUGCGACGUUUGCGGGAAGAUCUGCCAGAAUACUGGAUCCUUGUAUGUUCAUCAGAAGUGGGCGCACUACAAGCCAAAAUUCGAGUGCCAAAUUUGCCAUAGGCGGAUGGUCACGCAGGAAAAUCUGGAUCAGCAUUUGGUGAUGCAGCAUGAGAAGAGGGAGAAAAUCGUUUGCGCUCAGUGCGGCAAGACCUUCACGAAGAAGGAUUCCUUCAAGAGACACAUGGCCGUACACACCGGAAGCAAGCCACACUCUUGUGUGAUAUGUCCGAAACAUUUUGCGCGUCGGUCCCAGCUGAGGCAGCAUUUGCUCAUUCACACGGGAAAGAAGCCGUUUGUUUGCGAUAUCUGCGGCAAGGGCUUCACCCAAAAGCCGGGACUUAUCUGCCACAGGAAGAUACAUCCUGGGAAUCAUCCUCCUCUGCCGGUUAUGCCGAUUGGAGAUUUGGUCAAGGAAUUCACGACAGAACAUUUGCCGAAUGAUGUUCGGGAAACUGAAGAUGAUCCGGAUUUCAUGGAUGGCGGGGAGAUUCUCCAGGGUGAAGAGAUUCUUCACAGUGAAGAGAUCCUUCAUAGUGAAGAGAUUCUUCCGGGCGAGGAGAUUCUUCAUGAAGAGAUUCUCCAAGAGGAAACUGCCGACGGGGAGGAGAUUCUUGAGGAUCAGGAAUUUCUGGAGAGUCAGGAAGUGUUUUACGAACAAGAGAAUCAGGACGAAGAAUUUGAUGUCGAGCAAAAGUAUCAUGUUGAUCAGCAGUUUCUUGAUGAUCAGCAGUUCCAUGGUACACUAGGUAUUCAAGAAAUUGGAGAGAGCCAAGAAAUUGAAAUUGGUCCUUCAACAGAGAGAGCGGGUGAGCUCAGUCUGAAGUUGCGAAGAACCGCUGCAUGGGGAAAGUGGUGGGAGAGCGUCGGAUGUGGCCGGCGUGAGUACGCUCUCCCGCCAAAAUCGAGUGCCGACCUCAGGCUCGCCUUCUACCGCCGCAAAGGGCGAAGUGGUUCAACAUUGACCGUCCCUUCUUUCUGUUUUAGGGAAACGGAAAUAAUUUACAUCAGAAUCGAGCCCGGAUCGAUCCUGCUUCCCGUGAAAAGAAGGGUCAGGAAGCCACCCGAAACGAACAACAACACCGCGCCAAUCCGCAAUCCCUCGAACAAUAAUGACGAUGAAAUCGACAAAAUUAUCCACGACCUUGAACAAUACAUCUGUGAUUUUUGCAAUGUGAGUUUCACGUCGAAGGACGAUCUAAGCGAACACAUAUCGCUCUACAAAUUCUCCUGUGAAAUCUGCAGCCAGCAUUUUCAGUUCAUGCCGCAACUCGAUGUCCAUUACUCGUCGAAUCAUGGUCCGGAAACGUUUCCGUGCUCCAAGUGCGACUACGUCUGCAAAUCCAUGUCCACUCUGCAGUAUCACUACGUCAUGAAUCAUAUGCAGGGGAAAAAUUAUAAAUGCGAGAUAUGUUCCAGGAAAUUCAAGGACAAAAAUGAUCUAAACAUUCAUUUAAGUCGGGCUCACAGUGGAAAUUCGUGCACUUGUGAAAUAUGUGGACACAAAAGUUCAAGUUUUCAGGCUCUCAAGAGCCACAUGAGAUUCAUUCAUCACAAAACCGGACUUUCCCCGGAAUUUGGGGAAAAAUGCACAACUUGUGGGAAGAACUUUAUGGAAAAGGGGGCGUUGAAGAUGCAUAUGAAGGUCCACUCGAGCGCGAGACCGUACGAGUGCGUCAUUUGUAAUAAUAAUUUCUCGAGGCAGGCGUCUUAUGAGCAGCAUGUCCUGACCCAUAUGGAGAAAAAAAUGUAUCCGUGUGACGUUUGUGGAAGAGAUUUUACUCAAAAAUCGGGACUUAUUUUCCAUAGAAAGAGGCACAAAGGUGAUCUUCCACCGCUGCCGACUGUUUCUGUGAAGAAAGUUGUGGAGGAUUUUAUUGCGAAUUUUUUGCGCGAGAGGCGUCAUUCUAGUCCGGAAAGUAAUUUCUUUGACCAAUCAGCACGAGACCCUUUAUUUAUUCCCACGCCGAAUUACCACGCAGCUUACGAAUUUCCGCAAAUCCUACCAAAAAUAAAGCCCGAUAUCGAAAUCCCAACUGGUCCGCAUCCAAUUGACGAUGGAACACCUCGACCAUUGUAUCUCUGUGAGCACUGCGACUUUACAAAUCCUAACCGCGAGUCUGCAGAAGCUCACAUUUCUCAAUCGCACGAUUCCAAGCAAGCCUACACUUGUAGACUCACUUGCGAGAAAGACUUCCCCACUUUCGAUCAUCUGGCCAUUCACAUAAAGUCCACUCACAGAAAAUUCCCCUACAUCUGCGGCGUCUGUGAUUUCAAGGCCAAGGAAUUCGGAAACCCCCGGGUGAUGUGGUUCCACAUGAGAGCGCGACACGUCAACAUCACCGGGGCCGCUGAAAAUCCCCUGACUUGUAAAAUCUGCGACUUCAAAAGCACCAGCAACCGAAUGUGGGAGCACAUGCAAGAGCAUCACAUGAAAACGUCCCACAAGUGCGUAAUUUGCAAAUUGUACUUUACCUCGCAACAGAAGCUCCGGAAUCAUACCUUGAAGAAGCACAUCCAGAAUAUAGUUGCUGUCUCAUCAUCGCCGCAGGUCCAGGUGAACAAUUUCCGGCCGAUUGCGCCCAAAGGGGAAGGUCUUCCGCCUCAAAAUGCUCUGCUUCCGAAUAUUCUCCCUCAAAGUCCUCUGGUUCCCGUCGCGCAAAAAGGGCCUUCGAGCUACACGGGCCAGCUGAUUUGCCCCUGCAUGGAGAUUUCUCGGGCAAAGUAUACCCUUCACUUGCGAUCUCGAAUCUGCCUGGUUUGUGGUGUCGCCUAUGACACGAAGACUAAUUUGCAUCUGCAUCUGCAACAGUUACAGGAAGAAAUUGACACGAAUUUGAAUCAGCAGCGUUCUGGGAUCUCGGUGGAACAUUACAAGAUCGCCUGCAAGCCUUGGACGAUUGAAAAGCUUACCCAUAAAAAUGCCGAGCCUAGUGUCGAAUAUAAGGAAGAAUGUCUGGAAGUGAGUGACGACGAGGACAAGUUGGUGCAAGAGACAAGUUUCGUGAAUCCCUUGGCUUAUCACGAAUCCGGUUUCUACAAAAAUCAGGAAAACAGACUCUACAUCCACGACAGAAACCAGGCCGCCUUCUUCUACUCGAACGGGCCCCUGACUUCUCAACUUUUGGAAAAGAAUCCACUGAGUCUUUCCGAUUUUAUCAACCACUCAUCGAUUCAGUACGAGCGGAGCAUCUAUAAUCAGAGCAAUCCGCUCGGCGAUGGUCCACCUCUUCCUCUCGAGUGUGUCUUGCUUGAAGAAAAGCAGACAACUUUUCCCUGCGAACUCUGUGAUAAGGUUUUCAAAUACAAAAGAGGUAUGCGCGAACACAUGAGACGCUGUCAUACCGACACAGCACUCGUGGAAUGUUCGAUUUGCGGCUCGAAAUGCACGAAAUUUUCUCUGGCCCGUCACAUAAGAACCCAGCACAUGAAGUCUGCCUUUGAGUGCAAAAAGUGCGGUAAGAACUUCGACAAAAAGGAGAAUCUCGAGACCCACACGCGCACGAAACACAAAAAGUAUCACUGCCUCUUCUGCAAGAAGGUGUUUCCGGACAACCAGAAGGUCACCUCCCAUAUGAGGAUUUACCACGACUUGCGACCUUAUCCCUGUCCGGCUUGUAACAGACCUUUCACGACCAAGCAGGGGAUGCAUCAACAUCUACUUCUACAUACGGGGAAGCGACCCUAUGCUUGCGAUAUUUGCGGCGAAACGUAUAUUCAGAAAUCUAAUCUCAACUUUCACAGGAAGAGCCAUCCGGGACCACUUCCUCCCGUUCAGCCGACUUCUAUAGCUCAUAUUGUGAAAAAAUUCACCCAGCUGUUGGAGUACAAACGGCGAAAACAGGGCAAGGACAAGAAAAAAAAGAGCAGUGAGAAAAGGAUUGAGGAUGAUCCGUUUCCAUAUUUAGAGCUUGAUGUUGAAAAAGAUUAUGCCGAAAAAGAGCUCGACGUUGAAAAAGAGCUCGAUGUUGAAAAAGGGCUCGAUGCUGAAAAAGAGCUCGAUGUUGGGAAGGAGCCCAAUGCUGCAAAAGAGCUUGAUGGUGAAAAAGAGCCCUAUGCUGCAAAAGAGCUUGAUGGUGAAAAAGAGCUCGAUGCUGAAAAGGAGAUUAUAGAAGCAGAGUCUAGCAGGAUCAGUGAGAUUAAUAUUAAUUUGAAGACAAGGGAGGAGGAGAGCCAGGAAAAUAGAGAGAUUAUUCGAAAUGAGGAAAAAUCUGAGAAGAUGGGUAAUGAAGAGACAAAUCUACAUGAUCCGCUGGAUGAUUCCUCCAUUGUCAAUAGUGAAAAAGUGAAAAAACCGGUACCGCCGCAUCUUCGUCGAAAAAUUAAGAAGCGCGCAUCAUUCAGAAAUAGAUGGAACCGUAGAAAAUCCGAUCGUAAGAGAAAAUUAAAAAAAGAUUUAACUGAAGCAGAAGAAACUCAACAAAAAACUGUAAAUCCGCCCGUUUUACGUGUAAAAUCACUCGCGGAAUUGGGAGAACCACAAUCGUCCAUGGUACCAAGUCCUCGCGUGCAGAAACAUUUGGUGCAUCUCGUCAAAUCAAACUUGCCUGAGCAUGUCGGCAAAAGAUUCAUGUUGAACACGAGUUCAACAGGCGUCAAAUAUUUGACUCCCAUCAAUCCUGAUCUUCAAGGUCAAGGAAAGAGAUUCUUCCUCGUGAAGAAUUCGCCCUCAACGGAUCCACUAACUUUGGUAACGGAAGCGAUACAGGAACCGGUUCCGGAAAAGCGUCUUCUAAAAAUGCAGCAAGCUUCACAGGUCGCCAGAGAGCCAACCAUUCCCGCAAAGCUCCACAUUUUGAAGACGCAAUCCACGGAGAAGGAUGUUGCGCCAUCAGAGUUUGCGCCAACCUGGGAUGAAGCAUCAUUAUCCAUAUACACUUGUGCUCAUUGCAAGGUGGAUUUCCCCUCGCAUUUAGCUCUUGCUGAUCAUCUGAAAAUGGCGAAACUUCAGUGCAAUUCUUGUAAGAAGGUGUUCAAGUCGAAGCCGGCGUUGAGGCUGCAUUUGAAGAAAGUCCACCGAAUCAAAGGCUUCAAGUGCAAGAAUUGCGAAUACCUCGGCACCUGCAUGUGGGACCUGAAACUUCAUCAGGCGAAGGGUAUCUGCCAGGAUUAUUUGAAUCCUUGCAACGAGUGUGACAAGGUCUUCAAGAAUGCUGAAGUUUUGGCUCAACAUGUGCAACUGGUGCAUGAGAGUCCAGCUUCUUCGUCGGAACUUCUCUGCGAGGUUUGUGGCAAAGCGUUCAAGAAUUACUACACGCUCCAGCGACAUAAUGAAGGUGCUCAUGAGAAUGUCCAGUUUCCGUGCAAGGAGUGCGACAAGAUCCUCUAUUCUAGGUACUCAUUCAACCGACACUUGAGGUGGCAUGCGAAUAAGGACAAAAUAGUUUGCGACAUUUGCGGAAAGUCGUUCACUAUUCGGCAUCAGCUUCUGGUUCAUAUGAGACAACACACUGGCGAGAAGCCGUACCAGUGCAGCAUUUGUAGUAAAGCUUUUGCUAAGAGGACCACUUUGAGACAGCAUUUACUCAUUCAUACUGGGGUGAGACCCUAUGUUUGUGAUAUUUGUGGAAAAUCCUUUACGCAGAAACCAGGACUCACUGGUCACAGAAAAUCACAUCCGGGAGAUCUUCCGCCAAUGCCGAUGAUUAGUGUUACAAAACUUAAUAAUUGCAUCCUUUGUUUUAGGUUUUGCAGCAGCCAUAAGACAGGCAGUCGGCGAGCCUUACAUGACUGUCGAAAAUGUGGAAUUGCAUUUCGUCACGUAUGGAAAUUAGUCGAACACUUAAAAAAUUCUCACGGAAUCAAUCAAGGUUUUAAAUGCGACGAGUGUGGGAAAGCUUUCCGAAGUCCAAUGAAUAUUGCUCGUCACAAAUUACUCCACACCGGGGUAAAAAGUUACACUUGCGAUAUAUGCGAUUACUCCUGUUACCAGAAAACAAAUCUCGAAUACCAUCAACGAAGGCACUCAAAAGACUAUUUCUACAUUUGUGAAAUAUGCUCAAAAGGAUUUCAUCAGAGGAAAGAACUAAUCGAACACGAAAAUACACAUUCCGGUAUCAAACCCUAUCAGUGUCAACUAUGCGAUAAGUCUUAUCCAUACAAGAAAAAUCUGGUGUCCCACAUCAAGAUUCAUCAUCCUGAAAUGACCAGAACGAGGACGAGGAGCUAUAAACAUAAAUGUCAAUUUUGCAAGGAAAGAUUUUGCAAUAAAAAACUACUUCAGCAGCAUUCCAAAAUGCAUCAGAGUUUGCCGAAAAGCUCUAAAGUUUUGUGCGAUUUGUGCGGUCAGCAAUUGUCUUCAAAAAGUGCACUUACUCAUCAUCUGAAACUACAUGCUGGAGAAAAAUCUAUCAGCUGUAAUAUUUGUGGGAAAGCAUUUGCUAAGUGGGAUAAUUUAAAGGUUCAUCAGAGAAUUCACACGGGAGAGAAGCCAUUUAUUUGCUCACUGUGUGGAAAAACUUUUUCUCAAAAAUCCACACUUGUUCUGCAUCUUAGGUACCAUACUGGGGAAAGACCUUACAGAUGUUCAGAUUGCGGAAAGGAUUUUGUCUCCAGUUCGCUUUUGAAAAGACAUAGACUAAUUCAUGAAAAAUUGUUGAUAAACUGGGUCAACCAUCAAAUAUUAGAUAUCAAAAAUGGAAAAGAAUCAACUCUAAACCAAAAAUUCGAAAACAGUGGCGGAAAGUCCUGCGAAUUUUGCGAAGAGAAAUUUCAUUUCGUCACCAGGUUAGUAGCGCAUUUACGAAUAGUUCACGGAAUCCUCAGACCCUUUAAAUGCGACAGCUGUGGUAAAACCUAUCCUCAACAAUUUAUGUUAAACGCCCACAUAAAAAAAUCCCAUACGCCGAAAAUAGUGCCUUGCAACCAAUGCGACUUCAUGGGAGUCUCAAAAGCUGAUGUAGAACGGCACCGGAAACGGGUCCACAAGGAGGUGAAGUUCAUCUGCGAAAUCUGCAGUGAAGUCUUCCUCACCGAAGAACUAUUGAUGACGCACACGACCAUGCACGAAUUUAUGCAAUUUCAUCAAUGCAACGCCUGCGGGAGCACCUUCGACGACCUCUACACUCUCCGCGAACACAAUCAUCUUUAUCAUUACAACGCGGAUCUGGGAACAGCAAAACAAAACGACGAACCAAUCCAACACAGAUGUGAAAUUUGCGGCAAAACUUACAAAUAUCGAUCGAUGCUGAAGCAGCACAAAAUCAAGGGUCACUCAGACCCAGUUGCCUGCGAGAGGCGAAGGUAUCUCUGCGCUCUUUGCGGAAAGGAGCUCAAAACUGCUAAAGGUCUCGAGAUUCAUACGAGAUCUCAUACGGGGGAGAAGCCAUACACCUGCGAAGUUUGUGGAAAAUGUUUUGCCUGUGAGACUUUGUUGAGAACGCAUAGUGUGACCCAUACGGGGGAAAGAAAAUAUUCCUGUGAUCAAUGUGGCAAAGCUUUUACGCAGAGGUCGACACUGGUGGUCCAUAAAAGGUACCAUAGUGGAGAAAGACCGUAUCUUUGUCCGAAAUGCGGUAAAGGUUUUGUUACGAGAACUGUACUUAAUACUCAUUUGAAAUCCUGUCGUUUAUGAGCAGGAGACUGAUUUUUAUGAUUUAGGUCAAGGAUAGGGGAAUAAGCAUUUUCAUUUAUUUUUAUAGCUGUUUGGAAUUUUCUGUUUCGAGUAUUUUUAUAAUUAGUGGAAUGGGCUGGACCAACAUUAAUUGCAAGUACGGGAUUUU